GCCCCGCGCCGGUUGGUGGGACCCGGCUCGGCGUCGCGCUGAGCGGGGCCGUGGGGACCGGUGGCCGGAGCCGGCGUCGGGGAGAGUCGGUCGGCGAGCAGGCAGCAUGGAUGAUCAGGGGUGCCCCCGGUGUAAGACCACCAAGUACCGGAACCCGUCCUUAAAGCUGAUGGUGAAUGUGUGCGGCCACACGCUGUGUGAAAGUUGUGUGGAUUUACUGUUUGUGAGAGGAGCUGGAAAUUGUCCUGAAUGUGGUACUCCACUCAGAAAGAGUAACUUCAGGGUGCAACUCUUUGAAGAUCCCACUGUUGACAAGGAGGUUGAGAUUCGGAAAAAGGUGCUAAAGAUAUACAAUAAAAGGGAAGAAGACUUUCCUAGUCUAAGAGAAUACAAUGAUUUCCUCGAAGAAGUAGAAGAAAUUGUGUUCAACUUGACCAACAAUGUGGAUUUGGACAACACCAAAAAGAAAAUGGAGAAAUACCAAAAAGAAAACAAAGAUGUUAUCCAGAAAAAUAAAUUAAAGCUGACUCGGGAACAGGAAGAACUGGAAGAAGCUUUAGAGGUAGAACGACAGGAAAAUGAACAAAGAAGACUGUUUAUACAAAAAGAAGAACAGCUGCAGCAGAUUCUAAAAAGGAAGAAUAAGCAAGCUUUUCUUGAUGAACUGGAGAGUUCUGAUCUCCCCGUUGCUCUGCUUUUGGCUCAGCAUAAAGAUAGAUCUACCCAGUUGGAAAUGCAACUUGAGAAACCUAAACCUGUAAAACCAGUGACAUUUUCCACGGGCAUCAAGAUGGGUCAGCAUAUUUCAUUGGCACCUGUUCACAAGCUUGAAGAAGCUCUCUAUGAAUACCAGCCCCUGCAGAUAGAGACUUGUGGACCACAGGUUCCUGAACUUGAGAUGCUGGGAAGACUUGGGUAUUUAACCCACGUCCGAGCUGCCUCUCCACAAGACCUCGCUGGCGGCUAUACUUCGUCCCUUGCUUGUCACAGAGCCCUACAGGAUGCAUUCAGCGGGCUUUUCUGGCAGCCCAGUUAACCUGGAUUUCUCCAUUUCUAAGCUUUGGACCUUGGAGCUGAACCAGGGAGCUAGCAGAGUAAAGCAGACGUGUAAAACUAUGCCACAUGCAGCUGCACAAGAGCACCCUCACCAGCAGCUGUGGUAAACUAUUGAUAAAGAGAAUCGCAGAACCAGCUGGGAAAUACAGGCUUGCAUAUUUGUGGGAAGAUUUCUCUUUUACUCCUAUUUUUCUGAGGGUGAUUGCUAUGCAGCAAGAUUCAUCUGAUGGAAAAGAGGAGUAAAUAAUUCACCUGUGUAUGUUUGAGGUUGACAGACUUGUAAAAUCUUUUUAAAAAUAAAG